UCUGAAACCAAAACCUCGAAGAACAUACGGAAUUUACAGUUCAGUAGUACGUCGGAGAUCUGCGGCGGCGUUUGUUUUCCUCCGCCCGUUUUCAAUCUCGCUUCUCUUUCGCCUCCGUUUUUCAUCUCUUGCAUUUUCCCGUCACCUAGGGUUUUGCGCCAUUACAGCGCCUCUGAUCGUUGGACCUCUCGCCUAUUUCUAUUGAAAAAGGAAAAUGCUCUCUGGAUUAUUUGUACGAUAGGUCGGAAUGUUAUUUCGAUCAGUUUUAGAGCUCACCUUUAGCCUUUUGUGUUUGUGAUUGUUCUCGUUCUUGAUUUUGAUUCAUCGAGUUAUUAUUAGUUUUUUUUUUCUUCUGAUUUUGAAUUGCCUUCUGGAAUCAAAGAAGAAUCCAAUCGGUUUCUAGAUUUUGGUUGAUUGAAUGAGGCGGACUGAAAUACAGAGCCAAUGAGCGAUGGGGCUAGGAAUAACAUGAAGUCGAAAGAACAACAAAGCUCUGAUUCGAGAAAAUGCAGAGGCAAUGAGUUUGGACGAGAGGUGUCGAGAAUUGCUGUGGCUCAGAUAUGUAAUAGUGCAGGGUUUCAUAGAUUCAAGGAGUCAGCUCUAGACGCAUUGGUCGACAUUGCCAUCAAGUACCUUCGCCAUUUGGGCAAGAUAGCAGCACUCUAUGCUAAUUUGGCUGGUAGAAUUGAGUGCAAUGUUUUUGAUAUAAUUAGAGGGCUUGAAGAGUUGGAAUCAUCACAGGGGUUUCAGGAGGCUUGGGAACCAAUUCAAUGUCUUGCUAAUUCAGGGUCAGUGAAGAACAUUGUUCGGUACGUGAAUUCAGUUGAAGAGAUCCCUUUUGCUCACCCAUUACCAUGUUUCCCUGUGAUCAGAAACAGGAAGGCAAUUCCAAGUUUUCUUCAGAUUGGUGAAACCCCACCUGGCAAACACAUUGCCGAUUGGUUACCAGCUUUCCCUGAUGCUCAUACUUACGAUCCUUCAACUUUGUGGAGGAGGAGCCCGAGUGAGCCAUGUGCCGAGAAGAUGGAGAUGGCGAGGCAACGAAGGAAGGCAGAGAAAUCCGUGUCGGGUUUGCAGAAGAGAUUGGUUUCCUGUGGUUCAGCAAGAAAUGGCAAUGGGGAGAUUGAGUUAUCAGGAGGUGAGAGUAAUCCAUUCCUUGGGACAUGUUUGCAAGAGAUGGAAGAUGGGACUGCCAUGGAUGGGAUAAGCCAUUUGUCUGUGCCAGAGGUGGUUGCUCCUGCCAUUGAAGCGAUUAAUGGUUGUGGAUUAGCUAAGAAUGAGGACGACAAGGCAAGGAUUCUUCCUAUUGAGAGGCCUCCUGUUCGUUUCAAGUUAGAAACUAGCAAAACCUUUCUUAGAGGAUCUAGGAACUUGAAUGCUAAAAUGGCAGGAAAUAGGGAAUCAGUGUUCUGGGUAAGACGAGAUGAUGAAAGAGAUGAAAAGAAGAGGAGAGUUGAAUACAUUCCCAGACAUUCUCAAGAAAACUCUCAUGAGGAGCUCAACCAGUCAUGAAUCAGCACUGCUUCAACAUGUUAGAAUUCUACUUUCUGAAGCAAACGCUUCAUCUUCAACAUUGCAAUGACAAAUGUGCCUGUGAUCUAAAUUUAUACAAUGAAUUUCUUCUU